CGGAGCCUUUCCUCCAUGCUUCCUGUUCCCUCCCGAACAGCAAUCAUUUCGGACGAAUGAUAUCGUGAUUCACCUUUCGCUUGACUUGCUUCAGUUGCUUCACUACCAGCUGACUCGGUUGUCGACGGAGUGGAGUCAACAGGAAGGGACGGAUACCGGAUGCUGAGCGCGUGGACGCGUGCUCCGUCUGACGCUGUUUCAUUCGCUUGAUUUGCCUAUUGGUUCAAGUGAAGCUCUACGGAGGUUUUCCCUUUACUCUGCGAGGGCUUUGCCCGACGGUGGCAUGGCAUGUGUCGGUGAGCAGGGAGGGACCAGGGGUUGCAUGCAACAGCAGAGCAUACACACGCGGACAUGUGUAUUGUUUCUGCUUGAGUGUUGCAGGUGGCGGUUUUGGUUCGGUUGACUGACUAAUCAUGUCUCAAGCUGACCGUCGGCCCCGUUUCCCGUCUGUCGACGCCGACCUUCGCUCACGUCUCUCUCGCCCGCCCCGCCCAGCACCCCCGGCCGGGCCCAGGCCACGUGGCGGCAGACGAGGCAAGCGUGGACGCCGCCCGAGACCUCCACCCAUCGGCAUUCCGCCCAUGAAUGGUCACCAGGAGGACUGCUUGAAUGCGGACGACCCGGCGUUAUCCGACCUCGACAGGCGUCGGCUGGAGGUCGACGCGAUGAACGAUGCGCGGCUAAGAGAGAUGAUGAACGGCGAUGCGCAUGAGCCGCCGCUGUAUGACGGAGAUGGGCGGGUGCCUGGGGCCGGGCCGAGGAGGAGAAUGGUUUUCCUCGAAAGUAAGGAGCGAUAGAAGAGUAGAGCAUCUCUUCAGGUGCGUUUUUUCUGAGUCACCCUUCCUUGUGUUGUUUGUGUGCAGAUGACGCGUCUCCUGGUUGUCCACCAGUCUCUCUCCGUCCCCGGAUGAGCCCCUCCCCCACUCUGCCCCCCGACCAUAGCCGUCUGACCCUGCUUCCCAACCCAAACCGACACAAUCAGCCCAACGGCGUGGCAGCCUAUCCUCACCCGCAGUAUUACUCGCGGCGAGAGGAGGACAUACCCCGACGGAUGGAGCUCGACUGUGUCAUUCGAAGAACGCCCCCAUCCCUUGUCCCCGCCAGGGCUGUGAGAGACGACAGCAACUCGUCGGCGAGAUACCCCUCCCCCAAUGACAGCGAUCGUCUCCCGAACGGUGUCAAUGACCGGAGGCGCUCGCCCAGCAGCCGCAGCCCCCUCAGGCGCAGAUCCCGUCCAUCCCGCAGCCCUCUGAGGCGCAGACCAGCGUCCCCGAGACGCGAGAGGCAUUUGAGACCGGCCAGCAAUGACCAACGUGGCAGCUCUGAGGAGCGGCGGGCACGCUACCGGAGAGGAGACAGAGAUUGCCGGCCGAGCCGGGAGAGAGGGGACCUUCGAAGGGCAAGACGAGACGACGUAAGGCAGCUGACACAGCCAUGAGGAUGCGCGUAUGUGCGGAGGCUCACAUUGUCUCUCUUGUGGAUGGAUGUGUAGAUGCAUAUUGAAGACGGGUUUGGUUCCCAGUUCCCUUCGCCCCCUCCCGCGCGAGCACCUCGCCGCCCCGCCAACCCCACUGCCGCCGCUGCUGGUGCCCGUGCAGCACCGGCGGGCAAUGCCGGCGGGCAGCCGGCACCUAGAGCAGCUGAGCCGAUAGCCGCUGCACCACCAGCCCCCUCGGCUGCCGCAGCAGCCAGCAGGACGAAACGGCCACGAGAUCAGCAACCUGUGCAGAAUGGGCUGACAUCAGCUGCACAAGGCGGGGAAGCAGUUUCGGUGAGUCAUAAUGGGUCGGCCAUUGACGUGGAUGCCUUGGACAGCGUGGAGCCGGAGAGGAAGGCCCAGCGGAAGGGUGAUGGCGGUGUGGGUGACGCUCGUUCAGCUGGUUCUGGCGUGGGGAGCGCCGGCGCCGCUGGGAGCAGGCGGCCAGGGCCACAUCGGGAGAAUAAUACUGUGAGUCCUGAGCAUAUUGCGGCACUCAUCGAGACUCAGCGGAAAAAGAAGUACGAAAACAGUGCCGCAAAGGGCAUUCUCGACACAGUCGGGAGUUACGUCCAGAACGCCGCCUUCACCUGCCGCCACGCCCUGCUUGCCUGGGGCGCUUUGGCUGAUGUUGUUCGGCGCUUGGGCGACAAGGAUGGGAGGGCUGGCGACGAGCUCACAGCAGCUCUGAAACGAGACGACGCUUACAAGGUGGAUCUGCGACGCUUCACGAUCAAACUCCUCCAGCACAUUCCGAUCCCUGCGAGCGGCCGCCCUCCCCCUGACCACUUCAGCACGCCCCCUGAGAGCGUGGCCGCUGACGCCAUGCAGGCGGAGCCCUCCAGCGUGACAGCAGCUGAGUUGCUCCAGCUGGCUGUUGCUGCACAGAACCUCGGCGAGGAUGAGGUCAUCGGCCUGUGUGUCGAGCAGCUCGAAGGAAGCGCCUUGAUCGAUCAGCUGAGUGACUCCGACGUCGCCCUGCUGGAUGACGUCGUAUCGAGUUCGGGUGUCGACAGAGCCGUGGCGGCCAAGUGGACGUCAGCCAUCGACAGGAGGGUCGAGAGCAGGCUGCAGGCUUUCGAGAGAUGGAAGGAGGAGAGCCCGUCAGAUGUUCACAUGCAGCCAUCGGACAAGACGGGGGACAAUGCGGCUGCGGCUGAUUCCGGCACACAACACCAACCGGACGGAGAAGGAGGGACUGCACCUGCAGCGGCAGCUGCUGCUGCACUCAAGUACGAGGAGCAGCCUGCAGCGUCGCGCGGCCGUCCCGACCCCGACCAGCUGUUGGACGCGCUUGCAACGAUCGGCAGGAGGAGUAGUGCGGCCACGAUGGCCUCGGCCCUCCAGUCCAUUGCAUCUACCUGCCGCAGCAGAGGUCUCAGGCGCAGCCGCUCUCAGCCACGCUCUCGGGCUCUAUCAGGAUCAACCACGCCAUCGCAGCGGCCUCGCGACCCAGCAGCUGCACCACUGCCUCAAGAUAGUCGUUAUCUCUCGAUGCUGGAAGCCGCUGUUGAUCGUGUCAAGCCCCUUGUGAGGGAUUCAUUGUCGUCGAUCGGUGUCGUGACCAAAAUGGUGUACGCAGCAGCUGUGGUGGACCCCCUCAUGGCCUCUGCCAGCACUGUCGGCCUCUUGACGGAGGCGUCCAAAGUCGUCAUAAAUGCCCUCAAGAGCAGUGAGACAGCCAAUGCCGCACUGGAUGUGACCGAUGUGGAGCACCUCGCCACGGCCUACACCCUUGCUGUCGGUCGCUCUGACAGACACAUCUUCUUGUCGUGUCUCUCACGCCUCUCUGACGUCAGCCAAGAGGCAGCGACGCGAGGGGUCAUUGCUGGCAUAUCCCUGCUGAGCCACGACGCCAUCAUCGAAGAGAAGAAGAACAGCGUCACGCAGCCGGACGAGGGAGCGCUCCUUCCGGAGCUUGUGGACCGCUUGCUCGACCUCUCGCAGCGCCUCAGGGCCGCCUGCACUACCGUACCAGUGCUGUGUGCGGCGAUCAAGUGCUGUGUCCGGGUUGUCAAGGGCACUCAGGAAGCGGUGAAGAGGUACACGCCACCUGUCGUCAAAGUUUCCCCGCUUGAUUCCUCGAGGGCCCCCCGUGACAACGUGGCCCAGCUGCUCGCCGAUCGACGCUUCCAGUGGCUAGUCGCAGACGUCAACGCACGCGUCAGUCAGGGAGAGGCCCUCCAGCCCUUCGAUCUGGUCUCAGCCAUGUGGGCUGCUGCGUCACUGCCGAGGCUGCGAGACAGCGGUGCUGUGAAGGCAAAGGCGGUGGACACGAAUGAGCUGGCCUCGCUUUUCACUGUGUGUCUGCAAGCGCUCAAGAGAGGGGGGGUGGGCGACUUUGCGGCAAAGGAUCUCUACCAUUUGACCUGGUGCAUCGACGUGGCGCUUGACGAUUUGCUCAAGCAGGAUGCCGAGCAUAAAGAAGCCAAUUCGGUCGUGGAGCUUGUUGUGGCGAGAAUGGAUGUGGUGAUACAGCUGAGAGACACACAGCUGCUGAAGAUGGCUGACGCACUUGCCGGCGUCUUCGAGAAGUCCCAGUGGACGGCCUUGCAUGAAGCCACGGCGGGUGCCUUGGGCAGGGAGUUCCGUGCUCGCGGUCUCAAGGCCCUGGACACCGAGGGGGCGAGGCAGCUUCUGUCGACGUUUCUGCGCCUGCUUAAUCCCUUCAUUGAUGACAUCGAAGACCACACCUCUUUGGAUGGGAUAGUGGAGCUGCUGCGUGACCUCGUACUCGUGCAGCCGCAGCCCGUCAGCGACGAACAUGUCAAGAUUCUCGUCAAGUUGGCUGCGAGACGGCGCGCUCUUCCUGGCGGUGACAAGACAGCACUGUCAGCGCAUCGGUCAUUGCUUCGUGCCCUUUGUGAGCGUGUGACUGUCCUGGCCGGCUCCACGGCCGCUCGGGCGUCCAUUGCUCGUGCAUGCUUCGAGGCUGGCGAGCCAGCGGCAGCGCCUCUGGUCGAGUGCGCGUUCAAGGAGCUCAACAAUCCGCAGGCAGCGCUGGACGACACCAUCGCCUUGUUGCAGCUGCUGACGCUGUCUGAAAAGCCCCUGGGUCAUGAACAGCUCGUGGCAGCCUGUCAGCAUGCCCAGAGAGAUGCCAACGUCUCCUCCCAGAUGAUCGUCGACCUGUACGCCGUCCUUCUGUGCCACGUCGUGGACCCCGAUUCCCUGGACGCCAAGGCUGUGCUUCUCCCCUUCCUGGAGCAGUGGGCCGAUGGGGUGCGUGAGCACAUCGAAGGCUUCAUUGAGCGCGAGAGGAGUGAUGAGGGGGUGUCGGCGAUGCUAGCAAGAGCGAAGAUGGCCUUCGACAGGCUCACGGCGACGCGCUCGGAGCCAGUGAUCACGCUGGUGAAGUAUCAGCACCAGGGAGAGGGUGAUUCCACGAAAGUGAUUCCAGUAGCUGUGGUCGAGAUUGCGGCGAGUCGUGAUGACUGUUCUCUGCCGAUCGGCUUGGCGGUGGACAGAGAGGAGCAUCUGGUGACAUCGUGUGACGGUGACCAAGUCACCCGUACGGGAGCGAGGCAGCUGGACGUGCUGCUCCUGCAGAGGGCGCACAUGGACGUCAAGACGAUUGCAGCCAGUCAACUCGAUCAGCUGCAGCAGAGGAUCGCGUCAUGGAUUCCGACUUCGGAGCACACCCCAGUGCGACAGACCACUGCCGCACUGGCUCAGCAGCAGCCACAGGCCACUACUACACCACCAGCACAGCAGGCAGCCGCGCCGACCGCAGCACAGCAGCCAUCCGUGAGCGACCUCAUCCAGCAGUCUGCAGUGGGGGUGGAUGGCAGUGCGUUGGUCGACCGCCUCUGGCUUAUUGUCUCUCACCCAACCUUCGUCUCUCAGUGCAAUGCACUCAGCGGCGAGGCGCGGGCUGCCCUGAGGGUGAUGCAGGACACAGCGAUGACGCACCUGAUGCAGGGCACAGCAGGCGAUGUGCAGCGUCGCUUCCGGUGCCUCAUCGCGCUGCUGAUGACAGCGCCCUGUAGACUAUCGGGCAGCCCUGACCAGUCUGAGUAUCUCUCGCGUGUGGGUGAAGCGUGCAAGACGCUGCUGGAGGGCAUGGAUGAUGAAGAGUGGCUGACUUGCUUGCGGGAGGGGCUAUUCGUUCGUUUCCUGCGGACCAGGUACUGCAAAAACGAUUUCUUCGCAUCUUCGCUCAGCCGGCAGUUCAGCAGCAGCCUGGCCAAGUGGUUGUCAGAACUCGUCAGGUCGGCAGACCAUACCCAACUGAUGUCCGCACGCCAGCUACUGUACGAGCUCUAUGCGAGGAAGCUGUUGCCACGGCUGGGACUGGAGGCGCUCAUUAUGGCUCUGGAGUUCGUGUCCAAGUAUCAGGAGAAGCUGCUCGUGAAUGCCGAGCUUCGAUUCAAGGACCUGGUCGAGAACAAGCAUAGCAUGCUCACGCAGAUGAUCGGGGAGCGAAUGGCUGGCUCUGACACAGAGACCGUCUCCAUCUCUGGUCUGCACUGCCUUCUGAGAAGGCUGCACCGCCUCUCCCUCUACCGGGAUCGACUGACCGAUGCCUGUGUAAGCCGCUUGCUGAAGAUGCCUGGCGAUAGCUUCACUGGGCCUGAGGUCUCCCAGCUGGCUACGGUCAUCCUGCACCUCAAGCACGCGGACCCCAGGGCCCUUUUCGGCUGCACCGGGCUCAUGAAGAAGCUGAGCGCCGAGCGAAGUCAGCCUUACAUUGUCGGCGUGUCCAAGUUCUUCAGUGAGGUCGGGGAACUGCCCAGCGGCGCUGCUCUGAGGAAGAUUCUGGACGAAGCAUUCAGUCCUGCGGCCGGCGAGCUCUCGCCAAUGGCAAUUGUGACAGCCUGGUCGGCUGUGGGCAAUUGCCUGCUUGGCAUCUGCAAGAAGGGGGGAGGAGGCGGCGGAGAGCCCCUCAAGGCUGAGGACUUCCGAGAGGAGCUGUCAUCUGACCCCAAAUUCACCUCUUUGGCGAGCAAGGUCAUCGAAGUCCUCAGCCGCCCCGAUUCACCGCCGCCGAAUGGAGACCUCCUGCAGAUUGCGGAGGCCUGUGUGAAGAUCCGCGACGCCCAGUGCUGCCGUGACGUGAUGCGUGAGGUGUGCCGUCGGUUGUGGGGCAAGAUUGAGUCGUUCAGCGAAGCAGAGACGAGCCGUCUCAUCGCAGCCAUCCUCAUGAUGACGAUUCGGGGACAGCACCCCGAGGCCGUCGAGCUGCUCUCGUCUAUGCUCGACCUCAUGCCGUCGACGCUUGGGGUGGCCCUUAAGUGGCUUUAUGACGACCUACUCCGCCCUCAGGUUGCUCUGCAGGACGGCAUGGACCUGCUGCCCUCUUUCAUGGGCCGCAAGGAGCUAGAUGCUUACAGCCUGAGCGUCGUCCUGUCGGCUCUAGCGGCCAUAGCGGAUGGGCGGAGGAAACAAGGGGGCAUCAACCACCUUGACACGCAGAUGCUGCGUGACUGGAGAUUCCGUCAGCUGAGGGACGAGCUGCGGCGGAGACAACACGAGUGGCGAGGCAAGAACUCAACCACAAAGCGCAUUCAAGACGCCGAGGGGAUCUUGAAGCCUGCUUUGAGUGACCGCCUCCUCUGAGUGACCACCCACCAGACACGCAUCGUGCGCUGGCUCGUUUGUCUGAUGGUGGGCGGCUCUCUGAUGCGUGGCGCGGUGUGUUUGGGUGGAAGCUCUGAGUUAGCAUGCUUUUUGGGAGAGGGAUGCCUAAAUUGACUAGAUCUGAAACUUCUGUGACUAGCAGACCGCUUCAUUUACGGACCGUGCCGAUCAAGCAGCAUUCAUGCCGCUACGCUGUUGUGUGGCGUGCCAGCUGACGCCUGACGUAUAUUGGCGCUCUCGCUGCCAGCGUAUGGACAAUAUU